AUGUACACACUCCGGUUCCACGAAACACUGGAGGGGGGCUCAUCGAUGUAUCCCCCUACAACCCCGCCUACCGCCCACGGGCAGGCGCUGGGCCCUGAAGCUGAGCUUAACACACACUCAUACAUGGGCGGCUGGGGCUACGCUGCAGGGGGUGCGGCUUCCAUAUUCAGCACCCGCAACACUAACCCACUAUUUACCUCCGGGCAUCCGUUCCUCGGCCCCCUGGCUCAGCACUCGGCCGUCGCGAGAUCUGCCAUCACCUGGGGAGUACCGAUGCAGCAGCAGCCGAGCCAGCUCCUCUCUGGGACAGCUAUGGCAACCGUCUCGUGGCCCCAUACCACGGUCUUGUAUGUCCAAGAUAUCCAUACUGCAGUUCGUGAGCUCAGGCAUGCCCAGGCGAACACUGCCCCCGAUUUCCUCAAAGUGUUCAACCGGGGGUGCCCUUCACCGUUGGCUUCUAUUCACUGGGUUGACGGAAACACGAGACACCUCCGAAUCUACACUAUAGACAGCCAGAACACGAUUCGAGAGGCCGGCCACAGCAGCAGCAACCCCACAUGGUCCGCCUGGGAGCUAGAUCAGAUGAGGAUCCGACCACUCCCCGAAUCCAAACUGGCCAGCGUCAUGGUCCCGGGCGCCAUCCAUCUCUACUACCAAGACGACAAUGACCGCAUGGUGUACUACCAGCGACUCAGAAGCAACCAAUGGAGAUGGAGCGAGGGUCUCACCCUCCCCGUCUUCACCAACGCCGCCCCCGGGACGCCCAUCGCCGCCGUCGCAUGGGGGGAUCUCAACGUCCGGCUGUUCUGCCUCGACUCUGGCUGUCGCAUAUUCCACUGCAGCUUCGCGGGGAGCAUUCUGGGGUCUGGUCGGUGGACGAUGGAGUUGGUGUGCGUAAGUGUCCGGGAGGACUCGCCGUUGGCGGCUAUACAGUGGACCGAUAACCAGAACGUAUCCCAUGUGCGCGUAUAUUAUAUCGACCGCUUCGACGGUAUCCAGGAACUCUGCUGGGACAACUCGCGGUAUCGCGUGGGCUUUCUGAGCCGUUACCGGGUGCUGGCCGCGCCGGGGAGCUCGCUGGCCGCCACAAGGGACGGUAACUCGAUACGUGUUUUCUACCAGGCGCCGGGAGACGAGGCUACGAUUUGCCAGCACGUCAGUAGCCAUAUCAAUCCCAAUUCGUGGAGCCCUGGUCCUGCGCUGACACCGCGCGCCGACUGA